AUGAACAAGUUUUGGUGGCGCGCAGGCUGGGGACUCUGCCUUAUCGUGCCGCUGAGCCUGGCACAGAUUGAUCUCAACAUCACUUGCCGAUAUGCUGGCGUAUUCCAUGUGGAGAAAAACGGCCGCUAUAGCAUCUCCAGGACUGAGGCCCCUGACCUCUGCCAGGCUUUCAACAGCACGCUGGCUACCAUGGCCCAGAUGGAGAACGCCCUGAAAAUCGGGUUUGAGACAUGCAGGUACGGAUUCAUAGAAGGGAAUGUGGUGAUCCCCCGGAUCCACCCCAACGCCAUCUGCGCUGCCAACAACACAGGGGUGUACAUCCUCACGUCCAAUACCUCCCAGUACGACACUUACUGCUUCAAUGCUUCAGCUCCAGAAAAUGGGGAGGAUUGUACAUCAGUCACAGAUCUGCCCAAUGCAUUUGAAGGCCAAGUUACCAUAACAAGUGUUAGAGAUGGGAGCNNCUACAGCCAGAAAGGAGAGUACAGGACCAAUCCAGAAGACAUCAAUCCCAGCAACCCCACUGAUGAUGAUGUGAGCAGUGGCUCAUCUAGUGAACGGAGCACUUCAGGAGGUUACAGCAUCUUCCACACCUACCUUCCAACCACAAACCCAGCUGAAGACAAAUCCCAUCCUUGGGCUUCUGACAACACAGAUAACACGCCAGCUAUCAGUAUGGACUCAAAUACCAUGUCAGCAGGCUGGGAGCCAAAUGAAGAGAAUGAAGAGGAAAGAGACAAGCCUCCCACCUAUUCUGGAUCAGGAAUUGAUGAUGAUGAAGAUUUUUUCUCCAGCACCAUUUCAACCACACAAGCUAUUCACUCCACAAGAAAGAACGAGGAUCAGAAGGAAUGGAUCCUAGACCAUGCACACCCAGAAGUACAACUUCAGACUACUACAGCGAUGAUUGAUGUGGACAGAAAUGACACCAGCACUCAUGAAGAAAGCUGGACUCGGGAACCCCAGCCUCCUGCCAUUCACCCCGAGCAUCGUCACAAUGAGGAAACCCAGCGUUCUACCAGCACAACCCAGGCAACUCCUAGUAAGUCAACUGAAGAAACAACCACCAAGAAAGAUCAGUGGUUUUGGAAUGGAUCACCACAGGAGCAUCCCCAAAUACCAAAAGAAGACUCUUAUUCUACAACAGGAACAACUGCCUCAGCCCAUGACAGCCACACCCCUCAAAUGAUGACAACACAGAGCCAUGAGGACAGUAGUUCCCAGAUGGACCUCUUCGACCCAGUCUCACAUCCCAUGGGACGAGAUCAUCAGACUGGAGGAACAACGGAUAUGGACUCCAGCCAUAGCACAACACUUCAGCCUACUGCAGAUCCAAACAGAGGUUUGGAAGAAGAGUGGGACAGGACAGGACCUCGUUCAAUGACAACUCAGCUGAGUCACUCUCAGAGCUUCUCUACCGAACACGAAGGCUUGGAAGAGGAAAAAGACCGUCCAACAACUGCUCCCACAUCCAGCAAUAGGACUGAUGGCAGAGGUGGUGGAAGAAGAAGUGAAAAUCUUCCUGAAGACUCAACAACAACAGCAGAAGGUUAUACCCCUCGUUUCUCAGACACAAAGGAAAACACGACCCUCAUCCCAGGCACUUCUGGUAUGACUGAGUCCCAAGGACUGACUGAAGUUUCUGUUGUUGGAGAUUCCAGCUCUGAUGUAGAGUAUAUAUUUCCAGGUCACAGAAAUGACGAUGAGACUGGUGGAAAAUCCCAUACGACUCAUGGAUCUGAAUCGGCUGGACAUUCAAGUGGGAGUCAAGAAGGUGGGAUCAACACAACAACUCCUCCUAUGAGGAAAGCCCAAGUCCCAGAGUGGCUGAUCAUCUUGGCAUCGCUGUUGGCCUUGGCUUUGAUUCUCGCAGUUUGCAUCGCUGUCAACAGUCGAAGAAGGUGCGGGCAGAAGAAGAAGCUCGUAAUCAAUGGUAAUGGAGCUGUGGAGGACAGAAAGCCAAGUGGACUCAAUGGAGAGGCUAGCAAGUCCCAGGAAAUGGUGCAUUUAGUGAACAAGGAGACAUCAGAGACCCCAGACAAGUUCAUGACAACCGAUGAGACACGGAACCUGCAGAAUGUGGACAUGAAGAUUGGGGUGUAA